CGAGUCUCUGGCGGAACAUAUCGGAGCACCUGCCUUGUAUACGCCAAGCAGCCUUGAUAACUGAAGGGGAACACACCACUCGGCCUAGUUCUUCGGAUUCUGACUCACGUACUGGUAGUUAUGGCUGCCCACGGCGGACGGGUCUCUGUGAGCCCCAAGGAACAGUUUAUCGAUUCAAUACAACUAUUGAAAGAGAGGCCUUGCUUUUUCCAAACUGCAGUAUGGCCCUUUGCUGGGCUGUAUGGUGUAUUACUAUAUGUAGGAUUUCAAGAAUGGGAGACUCUUGAGGAUGAUGCUUACUGGCAGCUCUUUAAAAUCUCAAUUGCUGUCGUUGUUGUCACGCAAUUAUUCGUCUACUUGGGCACGCAUUGGUCUCGAAGGUUUAAAGCACGUGUGUGUUAUUGGAAGUCGGACUCUCUGGUCGACUCCACGCAUGUGUUUGUCAGCCCGCGUGGAGUGAAUGUGGGAAGAAAUCAAAUUGUACCCAUUAAAGUAGAUGCGACAUAUUCUACCCCGGAUCUGGUUGCGAACAGUUCGAGAAUCAGAUGUUCAAUACAUUACGAACACAUGAAGUACCUGUGCUUGGAGGAUGAGGUGAGCAAGCAAAUUAGCUUGUUGCCACUCGCAUACCCAGACAGUAUGGAUAUUGAAAGCUACCGUCAGCGAACAGGCUUAUGCAGCCGGGAAGCGAUUAAAACGGCAUACAGCACGUAUGGAGGCAACAGGUUUGACAUACCCUUACCCUCGUUCUCCGAGCUACUGUUGGAACAGGCGUUGGCGCCAUUCUUCAUAUUUCAGGUUUUCUGUGUGGUACUCUGGUCUCUGGAUGAAUAUGUAUACUACAGUCUACUCACCUUGGUGAUGUUAGUCUUUUUCGAGUGCACCGUUGUAUCUCAGAGGCGGAGAAAUAUGGAAAGCUUGCUGCUUCUCUCUGCCAAGCCUCAUCCUAUACGGGUAUAUAGAGCAGGGUCGUGGGCGGUUCUGGCAUCUCAUCGUCUCCUUCCCGGAGAUGUGGUGGCAAUCGAGCCGGACGUACACAAGAGGGGCGACAUGCCUAUUCCAUGUGAUAUUCUGCUGCUGUCUGGGACGUGCAUUACGAAUGAAGCCAUGUUGACCGGGGAGGGCAAACCACGUCAGAAAGAAAGCCCGAUAUGGAAUACUCAAAUUGCAUCGGCGAACAUAGUCCAAGGCAAAACUGGGCCUCCAUUGGGACCGGACCCGGAAUUACCAGAAUGCCUGGGAAUAACUGAUCGACAUGCCGGGAAUGUUUUAUUCGGAGGUACUACCAUUGUACACUCUUCCGGAGUAGCAGAAGGUUUGCGCACUUACAAGGAUCUUUCGAUACCGCCGCCUCCGCCGUUAUACAACUUUGAUCGGAAAGGUGGUUCUGAAGUCGAGGCUGCAACAGUCAAAGACGCGCACCUCCCAUGCAUUGGCUAUGUGAUGCGAACAGGAUUUGCCACGAAACAGGGUCAGCUGGUGCGCAAGAUACUUUUCAGCACACAGCGUGUAACGGCGAACAACAAAGAGAGCUUUGUUUUUAUACUCUUUCUGCUCGUGUUUGCGAUUGUCGCUGCAGCAUAUGUGUGGGUCCAGCGGGCAGACCAGCAGGACACUGCCUUGGCGAAAGCUAUAGCUGCGCGCGAGCCUAUGGCAACGAAUACGGCACAUGAAGAACUCAUAGGAGACAACGUAGAUGAGGAACUGGAGGGACGUUGGCGAAUUGUUUUGGAGUGCCUAUUGAUCAUAACGUCGGUGGUGCCGCCAGAGUUGCCAAUGGAGCUCUCUCUGGCUGUCAAUUCCUCCAUGGCCAGACUACAGCGGUUGGCCAUAUUUUGUACUGAGCCGUUCCGUAUACCUUUGGCAGGGAAGGUGAAUGUAUGCUGUUUUGAUAAGACAGGUACGCUGACGAGUGACAAAUUAGAUAUAGAGGGAGUUGUUGUGGACAUGCACUCCACGGACGAGAUAAGAUCGGAGGGCGCUGCUGACAUACAAGGAAAUGCCGAACGUAAAAAUGAAGAAUCAAUCGCAGCGAUGGUCAAGAAAGGCGGGAUACUACCUGAAGCGUCUGUGAUGGUUCUUGCGGGGUGCCACUCGGCCUCCCUCACGUCUGCAGGAAAGAUAGUUGCCGACCCCCUUGAGAGCGCAAUGCUCCGGUUUGCCAAUGCGGCCCCACAGCACGAUGGUUCGAUUCUGAUCCAAAAGAGUAGGAAGGAUACCGAUACCGCCUACGUUGUCAAAAUCUUAAAGAAAUUUUCCUUCAACUCUCUUCUGAAACGCAUGACUACUAUCAUAACAAUGAAUGGGGAGCUUUUUAUAGUCAGCAAAGGCGCCCCGGAAAUGAUGAGUGGUCUCCUAGAUACUAUACCACCGCACUACAAUGAACUGUAUAACCGCUACGCUGCAUCGGGAUAUCGAGUGCUUGCGAUGGCAGCUGCACCUCUUCCACGCGCCAUGUCAACGAAUAUCGGCACUCUGGACAGAGCAACGGUGGAGACAAAUUUAGAGUUCGCAGGGUUCUUAAUAGUGUCUUGUGAGCUGAAGCCUGAAACUAAGCCUACGAUUAGAACUCUAAGAGAAACAUCGCAUGCGAUACUUAUGAUAACCGGAGACAGUCCAAUGACCGCCUGCCAUGUCGCACGAGAAGCGUCUUUCCUACGCAAGAGCAAGCCGCUUUAUACACUCUCAGAACAUCUGAAUUCUGGCGGGAAGGAGGUGCUUCAAUUGUUCGGAACUGGCCAGAAAAAGACGACAUCAGAUGUAUUCGCGACCUUGAGGGAUGAAAAAGCUGCAUUGUGUGUAACCGGCAAGGGCUUAGAACGAAUCACUUCGUCGGGGCAGAUACACAAAUUAAUCCGGUACAUUGUGGUGUAUGCGCGGACUUCACCGGUACAAAAGGAACAGAUAAUAGAGCUCCUGAAUGCACGGGGUCAUCACACACUUAUGUGCGGAGAUGGCACCAACGACGUAGCUGCCUUGAAGGCCGCAGUCGUAGGUGUUGCUCUUGUGGACGGGGGUGUUGGCCGAGAUUUUGGCAAGGCUUUUGGCGGGAGAGCGCGUGCGGUAGCCUACAAAGGUGUCCUGCACAAAGUGAAGGGGACGAACUCGACUUUUGAGAAUGAUGGCAUGGGUGAUGGCUCAGAGAUGUGCGAUGCCACGUACGCUGCCUCCUUUACAUCGAAGAUCCCAUCUCCACUAGCAGUGCUGCAUAUCAUCCGGCACGGGCGUACGACGUUCGCUACUACGCUACAGAUGUACAAAAUACUCGCCAUCAACUGCCUCGUCCAUGUCUAUUCUCUCAGCUUUCUGUACCUUGAAGGCGUCAAGUUCAGCGAUUGGCAGUAUACCUUCGAGGGUCUUGCUGUUGCCAUGCUGUUCUUAUUUGUGGCUUUCUCGGAGGCGGCUCCAACACUCUCGAAUGAGCGACCUAUGUCGACGAUAUUAAGCUACUAUCUAUUUGGCACUGUUAUGUUGCAAUUUAUAUCACACAUUGCUACGCUCGUCAUCUUGGUCACCACUGUGCAGAACUGGGAAAGUGCGUACGGGCUAGAAAGAGUGGAUGCCUCCCCAGAAGAUGAGUUCAAAGUAUCGCUAAUAAGCACAGUACUGUUCUGUUUUACGCUCCACUCAGUGGCGUUAAACUUCUUAGUUAACUAUGAGGGUCGCCCGUUCAUGGCGCCCUUGAUUAAGAACAAAAGGAUGUUGUUAAGUUCUGGAAGUAUAUUAGGGCUAGCUUAUUUCAUACUAUUGGGCUUGGUGGAGGGCGGGGGCGAAUUUUUCGAUGCGAUGGCAGUGCCGCAAGAGAUUCUGGUCCCAAUUGUGGGUGCGCUUAUAGUGGAUGGGAUCAGUUGCCUGCUGGCGGACACCGUAAUGAGACGCAUGUUCUACAGGUCUCAGAAGCGACCGCUGUGAAAAAUUCGAACGCUUUUUGAGAUUGAACAAAUGAGCGACCCUGUCGAUGCAUCGGGAUAAUUAAAUAAGAUUGAUCGGCGCUUGCAGGUGCGUAUAAAUUUCAAACAUCAGAGUAGCAAUAGAGAACCUCUAAAGACGAUCCACGACUCGAUCAGUCAAUAGCAUCCGCCGCGACAUGGACCAUUCGUGCAAAUCUCAGAGAGUAUUUAACUGUAGUAAGCCUACAAUGUCGCUCAAUGAAGAGACCUUAGGCUACUAACGGUAGAAAUCAAUUUCGUUGUAAGUUCAGUUUCCAUUUCUCUGUGCAUAUGCGGCGCUGAGAAACAAGAACGUUCGCCUCGAUGUACAAAUUAUUCCCACUGCAAGCUGACAGAUAUGGUUUGCGCAACACAAGAAGGCAACAAUAAGUGAAAAUAUAGCACAGCGCCAUUGUUAUCGUCCACAGCGUUUUCUAGUAGUUGUAUACUUCAGAACUAUUCAUUAAAUACAAUUAAUCCAAGUUUUUAUACUCGUAUCAACUUCAAAAUCACUCCAUGUAUUUUAGUUUGAAAUAUCAACC